UCCCUCCCUGUCCUCCGUGAAGCCUCCUCCAUGCUCAAGGGCAGCACCCGGCAGGAAGAACUCACACUCCCUCCAUUACUCUCCUCUCCAUGACCCGGUGACAGAGCGGGAAGCUGAGGCUCAAAGUGGUUAAGGAAGGUUCGCAGACUCAUCCUGCUGGGCAAAUGGGACUGAGGACCGUGCUGCUGUGGUCCAGGGCCCUCACGCCCACCUUUCACUGACCCUCCUGCCCCCGCCCCCAGGGGCCCUCCAUUAAAAUCGCAGCUGCGGGGGCAUCCAGUCUUUCGGUGGUGAAACCCAUGUUCUUCACCCAGAAAGGAAGCACCGUGAUUCCAUCAGGUGUCCGAGGCUCAGCUUUGAACUGUCACCUUGGGGCGAGAAGGUGACCUCCCACGAAGAGGAUGGGAUGCAGAGCUGAAAUGUUCUCGUGUGGGACGGAGGAAUGGAGACACGGGGGGUGGGCAGCUGUUCUUCUGGCCCCCGGGGUGGGGUCUGGACCUCCAGGGUUCUCUGAUGCGGGUCCCCCCCAAGUUCCUGCUCACGGGUGCGAGGGCUGAUGCGGGCAGUGGUGCUGUCACCACGCGUUCCUCGAAGUAAAGGGUGACUGUCCCCCAGCUGAAAUCAGGUCCUGGGCACUGUGAAGGGUGGUCUCCUGGAGAAGUACUGGCUGAGGUACCCUCCUUCUCUGCCUCCUGGGGGCUCAGGGCUGGCCCUGCCUGCAGCCGCUUAAGCAGCAGCCUGUGACAUCACGGUCAGCAGAAUGACGGAGGGUGGUGACUGGUCAGCCAGCAGUCGGCAUCUAGAGGCAGGCAGCACAUUCUUAACCCAACGCUCUUCCCCUCUGGCGAGCCAGGGAUGGAAUGUCAGCCCGCAAUGCAGCUCACCCGGCUCGCGUGCUCCCGGCCGUCCGGGAGCCCGAGGUCUAAUGUUCAAGUUCUCCACUACGGAAUUACUAAUGCAUGGGCGACCUGAGCACAAUCUAGCCCAUGGAAAGCUACCUGGUGAGGGAGCGGGCUGGUAAGAAGUGGAAAGGACCGGCGGUGGCGCCCAGGCCGGCCCUGCCAGGCCAGGGUAGAGUUACUCAGAUAAAGGGCAGUGCAUCUGAGAACGGCCACAGCCCCCCCUCGGGAUGCUCGGGCCUGUACUUUUUGUCCCUUUCAAACUCCCUCACACGGCCACCUGCGUCAGGGGCAGCCUGCAGGCAGACGAGGGGUCGGUUCACUCCGGAAUAACGGGGGGAUGGGGGAGGAGACGUGGUCUCCACAUGUAAGAAUCACCUGUGUCUGCUCAGACGAUUUACAUGGAUGAUGGCGUGUCGUCCUUUGUCCAGAUCAGAGGCUCCGUCCCGCUGUUUUGGGAGCAGCCAGGGCUGCAGGUUGGCUCCCAUCAUCUGAGACUCAACAGAGGCCUGGAAGCCAACGCCCCUGCUUUCGACAAGCAUAUGGUACUUCUGAAGGAGCAGUAUGGGAAGCAAGUGGUCGUGAACCUGCUGGGGAGCAGAGGUGGCGAGGAGGUGCUCAACAGAGCCUUCAAGAAGUUGCUCUGGGCUUCUUGCCACGCCGGGGACACGCCUAUGAUAAACUUUGACUUCCAUCAGUUUGCCAAAGGCGGGAAGCUCGAGAAGCUGGAGAACCUCCUGAGGCCCCAGUUACAGCUCCACUGGGAUGACUUUGGCGUGUUCACCAAGGGCGAGGCGGUGAGUCCACGGUUUCAGAAAGGCACCUUGCGGAUGAACUGCCUCGACUGCCUGGACCGAACCAACACCGUGCAGAGCUUCAUCGCGCUCGAGGUCCUUCACCUGCAGCUCGAGAGCCUGCAGCUGAAUUCGAAGCCCAUCGCUGACCGCUUUGUGGAGGCCUUCAAAGCCAUGUGGUCUCUGAAUGGACACAGCCUGAGCAAGAUGUUCACGGGCAGCCGGGCCCUGGAGGGGAAGGCCAAGGUGGGGAAGCUGAAGGAUGGGGCCCGGUCCGUGUCUCGCACCAUCCAGUCCAACUUCUUUGACGGGGUGAAGCAGGAGGCCAUCAAACUGCUGCUGGUCGGGGACGUCUACACCGAGGAGGCUGCGGACAAAGGAAGGGUGCUUCUGGACAACACAGCCCUGCUGGUGACUCCCAGGAUCCUGAGAGCCAUGCUGGAGCGCCAGUCGGAGUUCACGAACUUCAAGCAGAUCCGAAUCGCCAUGGGGACCUGGAACGUGAACGGCGGGAAGCAGUUCCGGAGCAACCUCCUGGGGACGGCCGAGCUGGCCGACUGGCUGCUGGAUGCGCCCAGGCUUUCCGGCGCCGCCGAGCCCCAGGAUGAUAGCAGCCCAGCCGACAUCUUUGCCGUGGGGUUCGAAGAGAUGGUGGAGCUGAGCGCAGGGAAUAUCGUCAAUGCCAGCACCACCAACCGGAAGAUGUGGGGCGAGCAGCUGCAGAAAGCCAUCUCGCGCUCGCACAGGUACAUUCUCCUGACCUCGGCACAGCUGGUGGGCGUCUGCCUUUACAUCUUUGUGCGCCCCUACCACGUCCCAUUCAUCAGGGACGUGGCAAUUGACACGGUGAAGACGGGCAUGGGAGGCAAGGCCGGGAACAAAGGUGCCGUGGGCAUCCGCUUCCAGUUCCACAGCACCAGCUUCUGCUUCGUGUGCAGCCACCUGACGGCCGGGCAGUCCCAGGUGAAGGAGAGGAACGAGGACUACAGGGAGAUCACCCAGAAGCUGAGUUUCCCCAUGGGAAGAAGUGUCUUUUCUCACGACUACGUGUUCUGGUGUGGCGACUUCAACUACCGCAUCGAUCUCACUUACGAAGAAGUCUUCUAUUUUGUGAAACGCCAAGACUGGAAGAAACUUCUGGAAUUUGAUCAGCUGCAGCUGCAGAAGUCCAGUGGAAAAAUCUUCAAGGAUUUUCACGAAGGCACCAUUAAUUUUGGACCCACCUACAAGUAUGACGUCGGCUCCGCUGCCUAUGAUACUAGCGACAAAUGUCGCACCCCAGCCUGGACAGACCGGGUCCUGUGGUGGAGGAAGAGGCACCCCUUUGACAGGACAGCUGAAGAAGUCAACCUCCUAGACAACGACCUGGAUGCUGACUCCAAGGUCAGGCACACCUGGUCCCCCGGCACCCUCAGGUAUUACGGCCGAGCGGAGCUGCAGGCAUCCGACCACAGACCUGUGCUGGCCAUUGUGGAGGUGGAAGUUCAAGAAGUGGACACAGGUGCUCGGGAUCGGGUGUUCGAGGAAGUGUCCUCUUUCCAGGGCCCCCUGGACGCCACCGUCGUCGUCAACCUUCAGUCACCGACCUUAGAGGAGCAAAACGAGUUUCCGGAGGACGUGCGCACAGAACUCAUGCAGACCUUGGAGAACUACGGGACGAUCGUUCUUGUCAGGAUCAACCAAGGGCAGAUGCUGGUGACUUUUGCAGACAGUCACUCGGCUCUCAGCGUCCUCGAUGUGGACGGGAUGAAGGUGAGAGGCAGGGCAGUGAAGAUCCGGCCGAAGACCAAGGACUGGCUCAAAGGUCUGCAGGAGGAGCUGGCCCGGAAGCGGGACAGCGUGGCCUCCGUGUCGCCCACGGCCAACUCCUGCCUGCUGGAGGAGAACUUCGACUUCACGAGCUUGGACUAUGAGUCGGAAGGGGAUAUUCUCGAAGACGACGAAGACUAUUUGGAUGAAAUAAACCAGACUGUGGUCUCAGACAGUGACCUGGCGGGGGACGACCUUUCCGAUGCUUCCGGCUCCCCUGCAGCGGCACCUCCCAGCAAGUCCCCUGCACUAACCAAAAAGAAGCAGCACCCAACCUACAAAGGUGACGCCGACCUGGCGGAGUUAAAGCAGGAGCUGGAAGCUGUUGGGGACCGCCACCGUUCUCCAAGUAGGUCUCUGUCGGUUCCCAAUAGGCCUCGGCCGCCUCGCCCACCGCAGAGACCCCCCCCUCCAACGGGCUUCAUGGUGAAAAAGUCGGCCUCGGACUUGUCCAUCUCCUCCGGCACCCACGGGCAGUACUCGAUUUUGCAGACAGCAAAGCUUCUUCCAGGAGCGCCUCAGCAAGCACCCAAGGCUAGGACUGGCAUAAGUAAACCCUACAACGUCAAGCAGAUCAAGACCACCAACGCUCAGGAGGCGGAAGCAGCCAUCCGCUGCCUCCUGGAAGCUAGAGGAGGCGCCCCAGGAGAAGCCCCAGAUGCCACAACCCUGAGGGACCAGGGGUCUUCCAAACCAGAGCCCACAGCAGGGGUGGCUGCGCCCCUGCCCCGUCGGCCAGCACCCAGAGUCCCCGCCAUCAAGAAGCCAACCUUGAGGAGGACCGGGAAGCCCACAUCGCCAGAAGAACCACCGGGGCAGCAGACUGUUCAUUUCACAAUCGGGCCCCCUGAGACAAGCCCUGAAGCCCCUCCUCUCGUGGCAGUCCCUCCUGUUCCCAAACCAAGAACACUGCAUCCUGGGAAAGGUGCUGAGAGGGGGCCCAACGUUGAAAAGCCAGCAGAGGAUGAGGCCCCUGGCGUGGCUUCCCUUCUGGAAGUCCCACCCCUUGUGCCCCCGGUGCCCCCGAGGAGGAAGAAGUCUGCCCCCGCGGCCUUCCACCUGCAGGUUCUGCAGACGCACAGCCAGCUCCUCCAGGGGCUCAGCAGCGAGGGCCCCCCCACACCCCAGCCUGACCGUGGCGCACUCCUUCCACAGCCAGCUUUCCCAGGCCCUUCAUCAGCUGCAAGCCCCGAGGCCAGUGGCCCCAAGGAGCCAAAGCCAGAGGCAGCCUCCCUUCCGGGUGAUUGCCAGGACCCCUUCUGGAGCCUUCUCCACCACCCGAACCUGUUGAAUAACACCUGGCUCUCCAAGAGCCGUGAGCCCCUGGACCCGAGGAGCGGGAACCUCGGAAGGGUGCACACAGCACCCCCGCAACCCGGCGGCUCGGCUGCCGAGGAGCCUCCACCAGAGCACACGCGAAAAGACUUCAGUCACUGGGCGGCCGUUGGUGACAAGGACAAGAGGACAGUGCUAGAGGUGUUUGACCCGCUGGCGGAAACCUGAGUGGGAGCCGUGGACGGCGCUCUGUGGAGUGUGCACCUUCUUCCCUCAGGCAUCGCUUCGUGGAGACAGGCCCCUGGGCCCCGACGCCCCGGUCAAAAGCGCCCCCUGUUUAGGGCGCACUUAGAACAGACCCACACCUCUGUCACUCUUGUGCCGUGUACAAGAGUCCUGUCUCCUAUUCAGCAAGAUGACUCCUCAGCCACCGAGAAGUGUUUCAUUCCAGACUUGGCAUUUCAAGUUCCCUCUCAGGAGUACGGGAGACUGCCCGUUAGGGUCAGUGUGUGGAUUUGAGAAAAGGGAGUUGGCCGAGGAUGGCUAAGAAGUUCCCUCCCAUUGCGUUUUAAAUGGCUGUUCGGUGUGCGUGUGUGUACGCGAUGUUUUUUAAUUCUGUCUGCACUUCUGGGGUUGGAAUGGUUUUUCAGUGCGCCACCUGGAGGUCGACGCAUCAAGUGAGGGUAACAGCGAGAGGUGGUUGGGACCAGGAAGAGCUUGCCCUGGCCACUCGACACCAGGUUUUAAAAAGUCAGAGCAGCAGCACACACAGGUCAACCACGCGACCGGGCUGUCCAUGCCCCGUGUGAGCCCUUGAGUUCACUUACGUACACGGGUGUUAACCUUGACCGUGCGGGAGACGGUGUCCACACUCUUUGAGUUCUGGAGCAUUUGCCAUUAGCUUCACCUGAGCUUAAACCCGCUCAAGACUUUUGCGUCCUGUCUCAGACGUGUGUGCCCCAUGAACUGGUACCGUCCUGCGCCCUGGGGCGCCACGUCAACCGGGUUUUGCACUCCAUCCAUCCCCUUAAAGGAAACUUGUGAGUCCUUCUCCUCCCUUAUGUCGCAUACCUGGGGAGGGCACAAACGGGGAGACACCCUGGCGCUGAUGUUGGUCCUCAUUGUUAUAACACCAUCAAUAUCUGCUUCCGGGCUGCCUGGCCGCAGCUUCAGGAGGGAAAGCACCACGUGUCCCUUUUAUCAGAAACCCCAGAACAAGCAUUUCUGGGUUUGCUUCUCUCUAUAUAUUGUUAGGUUUAUCUUCUACCUAUGUUUUUUCUGUAUGUCUCCAACCCCAGUCUCACCUAUUAAAUCAUUUUAAAAGAUA